CGUUUGCGACUUUGCGUUUGUGUUUGUGCCUUUGUGGAGCUACUGUCUACCCUGUACCCGUUUAUUUUUUAAAUGUUUUGUCUUCGUUUUCUCGUUUUCACAGUAAUUUUAUGUUAUAUUCGCUGAAUAUUUUAUUAGAAAUUUAUUUUUCUUAAGUUUGUGGAGGAUAUACAUGUAUUUAUUUGUUGCUCUUGUUCCAUUAAAAAAGAAUGGAAGAAGUUGAAGAGAAGACUAUUGAAAAGAAUGGGUUAUCUUCUGCAAGUUUGUUACUGGAACACCUAAAAAUACUCGAUUUGAGUAACAGGGGAUUUGAAACUAUUGAUGAAAAUGUGAAACUACCCAUAAAUCUAACCGAACUUAACCUUUCAAACAACAAACUAAGUGAAGUGCCAAUUUCAGUGUUAAAUCUAGAAAACUUGAAAGUUUUGGACCUCUCACACAAUUGCAUCAAAUAUUUUGAUGUAACCCCCAAAUUUUGCCAUACAAUCCAAUCUCUCAAUAUGGCUAAUAACGAUUUGAAUGGACCUCCACACUGGGUAUGGUCAGAAGCGCCUACAACUUUAGAGGAAAUAAAUUUAAGUUGCAAUUUAAAUAUAACUAAAGCUUUACAAAAUUUAGACUAUUAUAAAGAGCUACUUGACCACAAGGUCCUAAUCACCAAUAUAAUAUUAUACAACUGUAAAUUAGGGGACCACAUGGAAUUACUUAGCACUUUUCCAAAUACUAAGUCGUGCAUAUUAGGCACAAAUAAUUUUAGUUCUUGCAUGAAUGAUUUAGAAGAGGUGCCUUGCAAUGGAAUUAAUAAAUGCUGUGAUGUAGAGUAUUUAAACUUAUGUAACACUAAUAUUUUAAAUGUUAACACUAGUAUAGAGAUUUAUAGAAAACUGAGAGAAAUUAAUCUUGCACAGAACAAGUUACAAUGUUUGCCCGAACAGUUUUGCCUUUUGGAAAACUUGGAGAUAUGUAUUUUAUCAUACAAUUGUUUAUACAGUCUGCCUGCAAACUUUUGUGAGCUUCGCAAGUUAACCAGUCUCUCUGUUGAUUAUAAUGAGUUGUUUGCACUUCCGACUAAUAUAUGUCAGUUACCUAACAUCAAGAAGAUAGAUGCAUAUGAUAAUUUUUUAUAUGAAGUGCCAGAUGGAUUAGAUAAUUUAUUAGAGGUUGAUUUGGCUCAAAACUGUUUAGAUGAACCAAACAAUGAAGAAUAUUUUGCACAAAGGAAAAGAAUCAGAGCAAUAAGUGAUUAUAGACUUGAUGGGAGAAAAGAAGAAUCUUCUGUUACUGAUUGUAGUGAAAGUAAAACUGAUGAUGAUAUUUCACAAAAUUCAAAACGUAAUAAACAUGAUAUAUACAGAUGUAGUUCCUCAGAAGAGUGGGACUCUGAUGACUACUGGGUUCCUCAACCUAUUAACACGUUUGUGCCUCAUCAUUACUGGUCCACAUAUACGCCUGAAUUCAUGUUAUCUCCAUCAUGGACAGGCUAUAUUAGGAGAAAAAUUGAAGAAGAGAUCUUAUGGCCCAUAAAUGCCCAAACCUUACCUAUGGCUGAUCAAUUUAGAUGUAAAGAAAUGUACCAUACAAAAGCAUGCCAUGAGUCAGAUGGACAAUUUGAUGAUUUUUCUGAUGAUAACAGUUAAGGCAGAUUUUAUUACAAAAUCCCACUUCUGAAAAACCUCUCAGCUAUUUGUAUAAGUUUAUUAUUAAUUUGUUUAGAUGACUGAUUAAAGACUUAUUAUUGAUAGUUCAAACAGUAGGUAGUCAUUUUAUUUGCAUGCCAGUUUCACAAGGAUGAGGGAUAGUUUCUGAAUAAAUACAAUCAUUUUAGAAUCAGUUCAGUCUUUAUAUAACAUUGCAAUACAUUAAAAGUGGUUGUAUUGUAACCAUUUGACAUUUGUAAUUAGGUGUUCUAAAUUUUAAAAAAUUAUACAACAGUUUUGGUUAUAUUUUUUUAGUAGUUACUAGAUUUUAAAAAUAAAUAAAUUUCAAGCAAUAAAAUAACAAAUUAACUUGAUGUGUGUUUGGUAAUUUACAAAAUAAAAUUUUAUUUGCAUGCUAUUAUGCCAGUUGUUUUUGAUGUGGUUUAUUUUAUAAAACUCUUUACAGAUCUUUACUUUACUUGAAAAAAUAAAGUACAAAUUAACAAA